GCUAAAGAGGACACAAUGUCGGGAUCGAUACCAUUCUACCAGAAACACCACCGCCAUUACGAUCGUGGCUACCGUAGCCGGCAGGCGGAGUCUGCUAUCAGCCAAUACCAGCAGAACGCUAGUAGUUAUUCUUCUCAUAGCAGCAAAAGCACCAAGGGCAUUAGGGCUGCCACAUACAUGUCUCUAGAAGAGGGGGGGAUUAGCCCUCUGCCCAAGAGAGCCAAGCCAACCUAUCUCGCCAUGGACAAGGAGAACCAGAUCAUCGGUUAUGUGGUGCCCAUCUUCAGGGGCAGUCAUGAGUUUCAAAGUGGCCUAUCAGACACUGAGGAAGCGCGUGCUAAAGAGAGUGCUGGCUAUCUGGCACGCCGUGACCUCUUCUCUAGCGGAGUGGAGUCGGAGCGCACCGAAUACAAGUCCCGCAGAACCGUCAUGAGGGAGUCUGCCGAGCGCAUCUCCCUUAGCAAGAGGAUCCAUGAGAACGAAGAGUACCAUAAGCGUCUGAACGAGGACAGCCUGAUGCACACGCCCGAGUUUGUGACCGCGCCUCGUUCCCACACUGUUUGGGAGAACCAGUGUGUGAGGCUGCACUGUACCAUCUCAGGAUGGCCUGAACCACGCGUCGUGUGGUACAAGAACAAUGUUACCAUUGAUCCUAUGUCCAAGCCAGGAAAGUACAAAUUGGAGAGCAGCUACAAUGUCCACUCCCUGGAGAUUAACAGGUGUGAUUUUGAUGACACUGCACAAUAUCGAGUGUCAGCCAUGAACAGCAAGGGCGAGAACUCUGCUUUUGCUUCUGUUGUCGUCAAAAGAUUCAAAGGAGAAUUUGAUAAUGCUCUGCCAUCUCCCAGACUCCAAAGCAGAAAGGUCAGCUUUAAAGCACCAUGUCUGGAGUAUGGUGUGACAUUCGAGACACACAUUGUGGAGAAGUUUGGUGUGUCUUUUGGACGUGAGGGUGAGACGUUGAGUUUGGGCUGCUCUGUUAUCAUCUACCCUUCAUUGCAACGCUUCCAGCCUGAGAUCGAGUGGUACAGAGAUGAUAAACUGCUGGCGCCAUCAAAAUGGUUUCAGACGCACUGGAGCGGCGACAGAGCUACACUCACUCUCACACACCUCAACAAGGAGGAUGAGGGGCUGUACACACUUCGUGUCAUAACCAAGUCUGGCUUUGAGACACAUUCUGCAUAUGUCUUUGUCAGAGAUGCUGAUGGUGAGGUUGCUGGUGCUCCUGGUGCUCCUUUAGAUGUAUAUUGUCAGGAUGCCAAUAAGGAUUAUGUCAUCGUUACCUGGAAACAGCCUGCUGUGGACGGCGGAAGCAGCAUUUUGGGCUACUUUGUUGAUAGGUGUGAGGUUGGCACUACACACUGGGCACAAUGUAACGACACUCCUGUUAAGUUUGCACGUUUCCCUGUUACUGGUCUUGUGGAAGGACGAAGCUAUGUGUUCCGCGUGCGUGCUGUCAAUAAGGCUGGAAUGAGCCAUCCAUCCCGUGUCUCUGAACCAGUAGCCGCUAUGGACCCUGCAGACCGCACAAGAAAAGGUGCCUCUGCUCCUUGGACUGGACAAAUAAUUGUAACUGAGGAAGAACCUGUGGAGGGAGUGGUUCCUGGCAGACCAUGUGACCUCACUGUCAUUGAAGCCACUAAAAACUACGUGGUGUUGAGCUGGAAGCCCCCAGGCGAUAAAGGCCAUGAAGGGGUUAUGUAUUACGUGGAGAAGUGUGUGUCUGGCACAGACAGCUGGCAACGAGUGAACACUGAAAUCCCUGUGAAAUCUCCACGUUUUGCUCUUUUUGAUCUGGCUGAGGGCAAGUCUUACUGUUUCCGCGUUCGUUGCUGCAACUCAGCUGGCGUUGGAGAACCAUCAGAUCCGACAGAAGCCACCACAGUUGGAGACAAGCUGGAUAUCCCAUCAGCCCCUGGCCGUGUGGUGCCUACCCGCAAUACAGACACAUCUGUGGUGGUUUCAUGGGAAGGGUCACGUGAAGCUAAAGAGCUGGUGGGCUACUACAUUGAGAACAGCAUUGUGGGCAGCAAUACUUGGGAGCCAUGCAACAACAAACCAGUUAAAAGCACAAGGUUUAUCUGUCAUGGCUUGACCACAGGCGAGAGUUACAUUUUCCGAGUGAGAGCUGUCAACGCUGCUGGAAUCAGUGAAUUCUCACAAGAAUCAGAAGCCAUUGAAGUUAAAGCUGCUAUUGCUUCACCCGCUCCACCCUAUGGUAUCAAUGUGUUGGAAUGUGUGCGGGACUCGAUGGUACUAGCCUGGAAACAACCCACUUUCAUCGGUGGUGCUGACAUCACUGGUUACUUUGUUGACUACCGUGAGGUCGUCGAUGGAGUCCCGGGAAAAUGGCAUGAGGCGAACAUUAGGUCUGUCAGUGAGAGAGCUUAUAGAGUUUCAGAGCUGAAGGAAAACAUGCUGUACCAAUUCCAGGUACGUGCUGCCAACAUGGCUGGUGUGGGCAUCCCGUCUCUUCCCAGCGAGGUAUUCAAGUGUGAGGAGUGGACUAUUGCUGUACCGGGACCACCCCAUGACCUCAAAGUACAGGAGGUGCGUAAAGACUCUUUGGUCUUGCUCUGGAAACCACCUGUCUACCAGGGUCGCGAUUGUGUCAAUGGAUACUAUAUCGACAUAAAGGAGGCUGAAGCAGACUUUGAAAUGUGGAGAGGGGUCAACGAGAAAGCUAAUGAAAAGACAUUCAUGAAGAUCAAGGAUCUAAAGGAGGGUGUGUCGUAUGUUUUCCGUGUACGCGCUCAGAACAAGGCUGGUGUAGGAAAAGCAUCAGAGCCUACAGAACCGGUGGAGGCAGUGACUAAACCAGGUACUGCCGAGAUAGUUGUGACUGUUGACGAUGAUGGCGUCAUUUCACUCAAUUUUGAGUGCUCUAACCUCAAUGCUGAGUCCAAAUUUGUCUGGUCCAAGAACUACGAGGAAAUGACAGAACCUGAACGCAUGACCAUGGAGACCAAGGGUAACAAGUCCAAAGCCAUCUUUAAUACGCCUUCAGAAGAUGACCUGGGCAUCUACUCUUGCUUCGUGACACACACUGAUGGAGCGUCUGCCAGCUACACACUCUCUGAAGAAGCUCUAAAAGAACUCCUGAAGGUCAGCCAUGACCACAAAUUCCCCAUCAUCCCUCUGAAAACAGACCUGGCCGUGGAGCUGCUCGAGAAGGGAAGAGUUCGCUUCUGGUUGCAGGCUGAAAAAAUCUCUGCCAAUGGAAAAGUUGAAUACGUGUUCAAUGACAAUAUGAUCUCCCAGGGAGAGAAAUACAAGAUGAACUUUGAUAAAAAUACUGGCAUUAUUGAGAUGUUCAUGGAGUCUCUGGGAAAAGAGGACGAGGGAACAUUCACUUUCCAGCUUCAAGAUGGCAAAGCCACUAACCAGUCAAGUCUUGUGCUAAUUGGAGAUGUGUUCAAGCAGUUACAAAAGGAAUCCGAGUUCCAGAGAAAAGAAUGGCAUAGAAAGCAAGGUCCACACUUCGUGGAGUAUCUCGGUUAUGAAGUCACACCUGAGUGCUGUGUGAGACUGAAGUGUAAGGUUGGUAAUAUGAAGAAAGACUCCGUGGCCCUGUGGUAUAAGGAUGGACGAGAGGUCAAGGUCAACGAGAAACUGGAUUUCUCUGAAGGAGUAUUAACUUUGGAGAUCACCCAGAUUUCAAGAAAGGAUGCUGGUAUAUAUGAAGUAGUUUUGAAGGAUGACAGAGGCAAAGACACCUCCACCCUCAACCUUACUGACCAAGGAUUCAAAGACUUGAUGAAUCAGGUUUUCAGUGUUAUCGCAAACUCUUCGACUCAACUGAAGAUCCAGAGCACAGAGGAGGGAAUCAGGCUCUACUCCUUCGUCAACUACUACAACGACGAGCUGCACGUCACCUGGCAUCACAAGGAUGCUGCGAUCGCCUUCACCGAGCGCAUUAAGAGUGGUGUGGUGGGUGAGCAGCUGUGGCUGCAGAUCUCUGAGCCCACCGACAAAGAUAAAGGCAAAUAUGCCAUUGAGUUCUUCGAUGGGAAAGGAGGUUUGCGCAGAACUGUGGAACUGGCUGGACAAGCAUUUGACGAUGCAUAUGCUGAAUUUCAAAGACUCAAGGCUGCAGCUAUCGCAGAAAGAAAUCGUGCUCGUGUGGCAGGUGGUCUGCCUGAUGUUGUGACCAUCCAAGAGGGCAAGGCUUUGAACUUGACCUGCAAUAUCUCGGGUGACCCUGUACCAGAGGUCACUUGGCUGAAGAAUGAACGUGAGAUGGUUUCGGACGAUCACUACAUUCUGAAGUUUGAGUCUGGCAAGUUUGCCAGUUUCACCAUCAGCGGCGUCAAUACGGCUGACUCUGGAAAGUACAGCAUCCUGGUAAAGAACAAGUACGGUACGGAAAGCGGCGAUUUCACCGUAAGUGUCUUCAUCCCAGACGAGGAACACGGCAAGAAAAAAUAAAGAAAAUCAAAAUCAAUAAGAUUAAUGAAAGAUUUGAAAGGAUUCUAAAAAGAAUUAUAGCAACUUUUGACAGUAAUGCCCUAUUAUAUUGAAUAGCUCAAGGUACACUAUCAGUCAAGCGUUUGGAAUAAUUCAGAUUUUUUAAUGUUUUUGAAAUGAGUCUCUUCUGCUCACCAAGGCUGCAUUUACUUGAUCAAGGCAUACAGUAAAAAAAAUUUGAAUUAUCAUUACAAAUUUAAAGAACCUAUAUAAAUAUAUUAUAAA